AUUAAACCUUCAUAUUCAAAUUUCGUAGUAACAACCCGAUGGAAAUUAAUAUCGAAUUGCCUGGCACCGCGCUUGAGCGUCGCCGAUUACAGAAUCGGAUAGCCCAGCGGAGAUUUCGUCAAAAGAGAGAUCAGCAACGCCACGAUGCUGCUCUCGGUCAUGGCGUCCACACCAAUAUCGAAACCCCGCCGACUGCUGAGGUGCCCUUUAUCGUACGGUCGGAACCUGUCCAUGAUGUAAUUGUUGAGGGUGGUGCGAUUACUAUGCCUGCUUUUUCGUUGACUGGUGAUAAUGGUAAUAGUUCGAGCACAUCUCAAACCGAACCUUUCAGUCUUGAGGAUGUUGAUUUCUGGGAUAUCGGUGUCGUAGAUGGUUUCUUAGCGAACGGCAACACGGCACCGGAGUUUGACGUGACUCUCCCCUCACCAUCGGAGUUUCUACGAGAACUACCCGCAGCAGAUAUUGCACAAAUCUCUCCUCCCAACAGUCAUACCAAUGACUCCCAAGCCUCACGUCCAUCCGACUCCUUACGAAGACCUUUACGAUACCGCCGCUCAGCUCAACUCAACGAGGGGUUAAAACGUCGGUUGGAAGCGGAUGAUGAAGGUUGGAUCGGGAGCUUGCAUAUCGCGGCACAGAGCGGACAUGAGCGAAUGGUUGCCCUACUCUUAGAUCAAGGCGAAGAUCCCGAUGAGAAAGAUAGCGACGGACGGACGCCGCUUACGCACGCCAUAAUAGGCGGUCACGAAGCCGUUGCGAAGCUACUUCUCGACCGUGGCGCUCGCGUUUCUAUACUUGAUCAAGAUGCUAGGUCCGCGCUACAUUGGGCUACGCUGUGUCGGCGUGAGACUAUGAUGCGGAUUUUGCUCGAACGGCAGAGUAGUAGUGAUGAGGCAGAUCGUAUUGAUGUCGAUGCGUAUGAUGAUUCGGGGUGGACGCCCCUGCAUAUGGCUAUUCAUCAAGACUUUGAGGCCGGUGUUCGUAUGCUGCUUCAGGCUGGCGCGACGCUGAGCUCGAAAGCGCAGAAAUGUCCGUUUGCGAGGAAAUUGGACUCGCUUGGGCUGACGUGAAUGUCUCUUAUUGUCUAAUCACAGAUUCGCCCCGCGCUGUAUGGCAUACACAUCUUGACGCAAAGACAAGGCGGUCGACCACAGUAUGAUUCGUUUCGUUUCCGGACCUUGAAUUAUCUAGUCUUUAAAGGCGUUUCGCGACUUCGGCCCAUCUAUAAAUUUACCCAUUAAUCUACCCAUUAUACAUCGCCAAACUAUUAUGUCUAUAGUCCCAGGAAUAGUCCCAAGAAAUGGCAAGGGUGGGGGCCGAAUUAAGUACG